AUGGCACCGAGCAACUCCGUCAAAGACCUCGUUCCUCUUAUGGGAUCUGAUGCCAAAAUCCCUCGCAUAGGAUACGGUGUCUAUAGGUCCAAUGAUUGUAAAGCGGCUGUCCUUGCCGCACUUUCCACCGGUUAUAGGCACAUAGACACUGCUCAGUUCUAUAAAAAUGAGGCUGAUGUCGGAGAAGCAAUCAAGUCAUCCGGGAUUCCCAGAAAAGAACUUUAUAUCGUCACAAAAAUUCAACAACCCGUCGAAAACAGUGUUGAGAGAACACUAGAAAGCAUUAGAGAAAGCGUCCAAAGGAUCGAUUCUGGUGAAGGCGAUAGAAAAGGAUAUGUGGAUCUCUUUCUUGUUCAUACACCCGCUAGCGGGAGAGAAGGCCGUGAGAUUCUCUGGAGAGCCCUUGAGCUACUGAAAAAGGAAGGGGGUACCAUCGACAUUGGCGUCAGCAAUUAUGGCACAGAACACCUUUUCCAGAUGGAAACUUAUGCCUCUAUCACACCUGUGUGCAACCAAAUAGAAGUCCAUCCUUUCUGCCAGCAAAAGGAAGUUAUCAGUCUUUGUAAAUCAAAGGGUAUGGUUAUCACUGCGUAUGCACCCAUCGUGCGGAACAGACGAUCAGACGACCCAGUCUUAAUCACAAUAGGCCAUAACCACGGCAGACAUCCAACGCAGGUUAUGAUCAAAUGGAGUUUGCAGAAGGGAUACCUCCCACUUCCCAAGAGUGACAACCCUGAAAGAAUGAAAGCGAAUAUGGAUAUGGAGGGUUGGGAGCUCUCGGAGGAAGAUAUGACCAAAAUCGAACAGCUUGACGAGGGCCAGGAUGGUGCCAUCUGCCCGUAUCCCCUGAACUGCCCGUAA